AUGCAUUCAUUCCUCAGCCGUCUCAACGGGCUGUUCGCAUUUAUGUGCAGUGUUUUGGCCGCCGCAACUUUUCUCGUUUUUCUACAGACCUUAUUCGUCAAUUACACAGUCCCGGUUCAACUGGAAGUGGAAAAUAUCAGAUUGUAAGUAAAUUUUUAUUGUUUUUCUCUGUUUUUAGGUCUUUUAGUCGAACAAUAUUGACCAAGAAACCUUUAGAAAGCCAGUUCACGAUUAUGCAUCCUUGAACGGGAGGAGUGAUCUGGCUUCGGCGACCUUCUCCAUGUCAGCUGAUCUGACGCCCGUUUUUAAUUGGAAUGUCAAACAAAUCUACGCAUGGCUACAAGCAGAUUAUGAGACAGAAGAAAGGGUAAGGUUUUGAAUGUUUUUUGGAGUUUAGGGCCGACAAUGGAGUAAUCUGAGAAAUUUUAUAUUGCACUAGAUGGGCAGUGUAAUUUUUUCAAAUUUUUGACCGCGAUUCUUUGUAAAAUCGCUCGAAAUAGGUUUUACAAUGUAUAACAUGCCAAAUUACGGGUUUUUAGACCUUUAUACUGCCAAUUUUCGCUAUAUAUCAUCAAAUUUUCACCUAGUCUAAUAUGAUUCCUUCCAGCCGACCAAUCAGAUCGUCCUCUGGGACAAAUAUUUCUUCCGUUUUGGCAAUAAUGUCCUGAAUGAGGAACGUAUCAAGCCCUACUACUACUUCCAAGACGACGGCCUCAAUCUCCGCAAUAAAAACGUCACCUUUUCCUUGCACUGGACUGUCGUCCCGAACGCCGGGUGGAUGCGGAACGUCCAAGGAGAGGGCGUCAAGUCGGUCGUGUUCCCAGAUACUUACAAGUGGUAA